AUGGAAGUGGAAGACUCCUAUUGGACGGUGCCAGCCUUAGAAUGGGGCCGUGGAGACAGCCGCGUGAUCAGGAGGGCCACGUAUUUGGACAUCGUGAAGACCUACAUUGAGGACGUGCACAGGCUUCGGACGACUGGGGAGGUUCCUUCCUUGACGAUCUACGAAAUGCUUCUCAUGAUUCCGGGUGGAGGUGGUCAGCGCCUGGGCCAACGCUUGGACCGCGCAGAGGCCAAUGGCUCUUUAGCCGCGCUUGCCUUGCUACCAGGGCCAUGGCAUGAUGCGAAGACGCGUGAGGACAAGCUGCGCUUAUUGAAGCUGGACCAAGUGGCACAGGAGGAGGGCAUGCACACACAGCUGUAUGCAGCGUACCAGCUUCGUUAUGGUGAUCGUGGUCUCAGCAGCAACAUCGCCGUUCCCAGCGUUGUGAUGCAUAGCAAUUCCACCCAGAAGGUGCGUGAGAAUGAGAAGCCUAACCUCUUCGACAGCGCCAAUGUUGUGAAGGUGAUUGGCCGAGUGAUCGUGGCAGACGCCGAAGAUGCUGAACGCAUCGCUCGAAUCCACGUGCGGAAGGAGCCCAACUUUGGAGGCUUAAUGGAUAGCAUCAUUUCAACCGUGGACAAUGAGCACUGGCGUCAACAACGUCAACACCUGAUUGAGGCAUUUAUGCCCUUGUCGUCUUUGGCCAAGAUCAUGCCAGUUUCACUGGCACGUGCCAAGGAGUGCUCUGAGCGUUUGCGGGAGAUGGCCGAGAAGGGCCCUGUUGACAUGAGCAACUUUCUAUUGCACGAAGCACAGGCACAACUGCAGCUGGCACUGUUGGGAGUGCCAGAGGAGAUCAUGGAGGAAACAAAUGCAGGUAUUCGCCAAACCUUCAUGCUCAGCCCUGAUGCCAAGAUUGGCCAUUUGAGUGAAGCAAUGAAGGGUCUCAUGAAACUUGCCCGAGAGGAUGCCAGUGUAGCUCUUCCUUCUGAUGGCUGCCCAGUCCGAGGCCCACUAUCACGGGCUUUGCAAACCGGCCAUUUCGCGAGCAGCACAGAUUAUGGGAAUUUGCUGCUGAUCCUUUUUGCUGGCCAUGACACCACAGGACACACCAUGACCUGGCUCCUGUUUGAACUCGCUCGGCAUCCGGAGAUUCAGCAACAGGUGCAGGAGGAAGUGGACCACUUCUUCGCGUCCUUGUGUGGACGGGAUCCCUCGUACCAGGAUUUGAGCGGAUUCGACUUGUUGGACCGGUGUAUCACCGAGACUCUUCGAUUGUGGCCGGCCGUGGCAAACGGGACCUUCCGCCAGUUGCAGUUCGGUGAAGACCUGAAAGGCGUUGGUGGGCAGGUGCAGCUUCCGAAGGGCACCUUUGUUACCGUCACCAACUGGUGCCGUCAUCGGAAUCCUGAGCUUUGGGGUGCCGACGCAGACACCUUCAACCCUUGGCGCGACUUCAGCCAGCAGGAGUUGGUGCGGGUUGGCUGCCCUAUGGCAGCGAGGACUCCUCAGAGCGCACGCUUCUCCCCUUUCGCACACAAUCCCCGCAGCUGUUUGGGGAAAAACUUUGCACAGAUGGAAAUGAGGCUUAUCCUCUCCUACAUUUUGGGGCAGUUCAGCUUCUCCUUGGCCCCCCCAUAUGACAGCUUGAAGGAUGUUGAGUUGAAGGUGGCUGAGACGGACUCCUUGAAGUUCCGUGGCAUCAACAAGGGUGGCACCAUGGGACCCAUGGACUUGGAGCGAGGAGGUUCAGUGUGCUCUGGAGAGCGCUUCCAAAUUGCCCUGAAGCUCCAUGUGCAGCCGAGAAGAGCCUAA